UAUUGGAUAUACUAGGUGAAACAGAAUGGUCAAAAGCAGGAAAACACACAUCAGUCACAGAGGUAGAAUUAACGUCUCAUGGUAUCACACAAGUUCACGACUUGUCUAGUUUCGUUUUUGAAAACACGUGUCAAGGUUUCAUUGAUCCAAAAAAUCUCUCACAGAUUUAUGUUUCGCCUCGUAAACGAGCUCAACAAACCCUUGAUUUGAUUAAAAUUCCCAAUAAAGAUCAAAUUCCCACUUUCACUGAUAUUAAUUUGACAGAAUGGAAUUAUGGUGAUUACGAAGGAAUCUCGACACAUGAAAUUCAUAGUAGUAAAUACGUAUUUUGGGAUCUUUGGAAAGAUGGAUGUCCCAAUGGGGAAACCAUUCAACAAGUAGCCACCCGAAGUGAUCACAUGAUUGCAAAAAUUAUGGCUCAUCAGAACGAACAUUUAGAUAACAAACCCAAUUCGCCGGGAGGUGACGUGCUUAUCGUAGCGCAUUCUCACUUGUUGAGAAUUAUGGCAUGUAGGUGGUUGAAUAUGAAUCCUGAAUUCGGAAGAAAUUAUAUUCUUGAUACCGCAGGAUUGUGCGUAUUGGGUUAUCAGCGAUCUAUGAGAUUUCCGGUGGUUAAACAUUGGAAUGUGACCAGUAAUUUAUUUCAAAGGACUUAA